AUGUUGAUUCUUGAUCUGUUCUCAGAAACUUACCCGCAAUGGCAGAGGCUGAACUCUUACUAUGGCAAGCCAUGGAUAUGGUGUCAACUGCAUGACUUUGGCGGCAACCAUGGUCUGUAUGGACAGGUCAUGAAUGUGACCAUCAAUGCUGUCGAAGCACUCAACAAUUCUCCGUCUCUUGUGGGAUUCGGAUUGACAAUGGAGGCCCAGGAAGGCAAUGAGAUCAUAUACGACCUCUGGGCAAAGAGACGAUAUGUGAACGCUGCGGAAGGCGACAUGCCAGAAUCCAUAUAUCACGCCUGGGACACUCUUCUCCAUACCGUCUAUAACAACACCAAUUUGACAGCCGCUCUGGCCGUCACCAAAUCUAUCUUCGAACUGGCCCCCAGUGCAACCGACGACCCCCACCACCUGCCAACCACCAUCAUGUACGAUCCGGCGGCCCUGGUCGAACGCGGCCUAUCAGUUCGACCUCAUCGACAUGACGCGCCAAGUUCUCGCGAACGCCUGACUUUCAGAAACGAGAGCGCCCUCAACAGAUCUCUAGCAGCAGCUUCCCAGAUGCAAGCCCAAAUGUUCUCCCUCCUCUCCACGCUCGACACCCUGCUACGAUACACGCCGAGCAAAGUUCCCGAAUCAUCGCUCUGUGCCUGGGUCAACGCUGCUCGCGCGUGGUCCGCAUCGGACGCCAGCAUAUCGGACUCCGUAGUAUAUGGCGCCAUAAAUCAGGUCACGUUGUGGGGUCCGAACGGCGAAAUUACAGACUAUGCUUCUCGUCACUGGGCCGGGUUAGUUGGCGCGUAUUACCUGCCGAGAUGGCAAAUGUUUAUGGAGGCGUAUAUGGAUGCGUUGAGGAGCGGAGUACCGGUUAAUGAGUCGGCGUUGGGGGAGCAGCGGUUAACGUGGGAGAAGGAGCAGCAGAGCCUGCUGGCGCAGAAUGCUGGGCAAUUGCGAGAUCCAAAUGGAUUGCAGGCCAUGGUGAGAUGGAUUGAGGACGAGUGGUGUGAAGUAUUGGGAUGUUGA